AUGAGUUUUCCUUUUAAUCCAUCUCCCUCAUACUCAUUCAAUAUUGCUAAAAAGUACCAAUACUUUAAAUACUUAGAAUUCAAUCCCAUUUUUUAUUACCUUAAAUAAGUAUGGGACCAGGUUAAUAUAAUCCUCAGAUUGAUAAAAAAGGUGGAACACUAAAUUUUGGAUCAUACAGUUAACGAAAAAUGCUAUUGGCUCAGGAUUCUUUUACUCCUGGACCUCUUCAUUAUACUAUAAAUACACAUAGAAGUUAAGGUGUUUCAUUUCCCAAUUCAAAAAAAGCUUAAAAGGAACCAACACUUAGUCCUGGGCCAGGGUAUUUUUAAACAAAAUUAGGCAAUAUUUACCAGUAGAUGAACCUCAUAGUAGAGUUGGAGGAUCUAUUUCUAGAACAUCAAGAAAUAACAACUUUGAUAAUAAAAUUCCAGGAGCUGGUCAUUAUCCAAUUAAAUCAACAUUAAAUAGUCUAGGCUUUAAAUUUAAAUAAUUACAUAAAAGAGCUAAAACAGAUCAUAUGAGUCCUGGUCCUGGAUCCUAUUCAAUCUUGAAAGAAACUAUGAAUCAUGGUGUCAAAAUGCAUAAUUCUAAAAGAACUUGGUCUUAUAUUCUAAAAACAGAAACUCCUGGUCCAGGAACUUAUUAAAGUGAAAGUUUCAUUCAAAAUAGAGCUUCAUCAAAACAUUCAAUAACAUCUUCAAAAGAAUAAUCAAAAAUAUUAAAUAAAUGUUAUUCUUAACAUGAAUCGAAAAUGUCUAAUAAGAAUGCCACUUAAACUUAAUCUAAAGGUAAUCUUGAUUCAAAUGGAACAUUAACAACAAGAUAAAAAUUCAAGUCUAAUCAUUCAAGUUAAUAAUAAAACAUUAGUGAUGCAUAUAAUAGAUUAAGGGAAUAUGGUAAAUUAAAAGUAACUUUUACAAAAUAAGUGAGAAAAGAAGAAUUUCUAGAUGAAUUUUCAACUCCUCUUCCAAGAAAAAUGAAUAGAUCUCCAGGUCCUGCUAUUUAUGCUGAUAUUAAAUUCAAACCUAAUACUAAAUUAGGAUUUGUGCCAGCAUCAAAAAAAGGUGAAGUAUUUAAACCAAAAGAAGGACCUGGGGUUGGUGAGUAUUCUAAAAUUAUUCCUUUUGGUAAGAUUUACAAUAAACAUAAAACACCAAAGAGAUAAUUUUUUAAAUUUAAAGAUCUUAAUUAAUUUGAUUUUGAAUAAUGA